UAGAUUGCGUUCUAAACGUCUUUUCCGAGGAAAAUUACUCCAUAUAAUAUAGUAUACGUCAUGUGUAAUUUUCGAGUAAUUUUCCUCGGAAAGGAGAUGUUGGAUUAAAAAAUCUGUAUAAGAUAUGGAAAGUUAUAUAAAAAAAAUUUAUCAGUCCUGAUAAACAUCUUGCGUAAUGAUGUUUAAUAUGCGUAACACGUGAUAACACGUGAAUACUGAAGAUUCGAAAAAAUGAAAUUAAUAACAGACAGAUACUGAAAAUAAGGAAAAAUCAAAAAUUUUGAUUAUCUUAUAUAAGUGAAUUGUAUAUUCUAUUAACAAUUAGAUGACAUUUUAUGGCACUAUUUAAAUACAGUAUGUCAGAAGUGACAGCAAAUUUGAAGUCUAUCUGCGAUAAAAUAUCAUGUGCUGCCAAGAAGAGAGCACCGGAAUAUCAAUAUUAUGAACCACGAUUGGUUGCUGUUAGCAAAUUACAGCCAACAAAAUCAAUUGUAUCCGCAUAUGAAGCUGGUCAGAGACACUUUGGUGAAAAUUAUGUGAAUGAGUUAGAGGAGAAGGCUUACAGUCCACUGAUUCUUGAGAAAUGCAAAGAAAUUCGAUGGCAUUUUAUAGGGAAUUUGCAGAGAAAUAAAGUCAACAAAAUUUUAAAUAUACCAAAUUUAUAUAUCAUAGAAACUGUCAGUAGCAACAAACUUGCAAAUGCACUCAAUAAUUCAUGGCCAAAAUUUCGGAAGGAUGACAGCAAGUUAAAUGUCAUGGUUCAAGUUAAUACGAGUCAGGAAAAGGAAAAAAAUGGCUGUGAUGUAGCAGAAGUGUCAACUCUUGUAAAAUAUGUCAUAGAGAAUUGCCCUAAUUUGAAAUUUAUAGGACUGAUGACAAUAGGGAUGUUUGGGUAUGAUGUUUCAAAUGGGCCAAAUCCUGAUUUUAUAUGUUUAAUAAAAUGCAGAGAAAAAGUAUGUGAUGAAUUGGGAAUUGAUAUGAAAGAUAUUGAAUUAUCAAUGGGAAUGUCCAAUGAUUAUGAACAUGCGAUUGAACUUGGCAGUACAAGCGUGAGAGUGGGAAGUGCCAUUUUUGGCGAAAGACCACCAAAAAAUAAUUGAAAAUAUACUAUGUGUAUAUAAUUGAUUUACAUAUAUAUAUUACAUAUAUAUGUAUAUAAUUGUAUAAUCUUAAAAUGAAGAAAAAAAAUAUAUUAUGAUAUAUUAUGAGGAAGAAAAAUUAUAUAAUAAUAAAUUAGAUUACUAAACAUAUUAGAUAUAUACAUAACAGUUGUCUGUAUCAAGAUACAGAUGUAUAAUAAAUAUUUUGGAUAAAUAUAGUCAAUUUUCUCUAUUCUAA